AGGGAGACGGUCAAUCGCUACUACAAGAAAGCUGCCGCCAUUCACGGAAACAUCUUGCGCGUCUUCAGCGACCCGGCUUACGCCGCCGUGAAUGGAGGCUCAUUUAUGGACGGCUCGGACAGACAUAUCCACGUCGACCUCUCUCCAGAUAUCGACGGGAAUCUCCCUUCGCCGCUAGGUCGCGUACACAGCUACCCUCCUUAUGAAAAGUACUACCCCGAGCUACAGGAAGACGUCAGCCCGCGGGUCCGGCAACAUCUACACCUCCUGAAACUCGCUGUCCAACGGCUGGGUGCCUGGUCCAAGAACUACGCCGAGUACGAACAGCUCAACGACGAUUUAUUCCGCACCUGUGGCGCUCAUCUGCAGGCCGUCGAGGGUGUUGAC